CUUCCUCUUUUUCAGAAAGUGUGAGGUUUUGCAAACAGUUAAUUUCAUCGCUUCAGCUUUAUACUUGCGAGUAAGCGCAUCACUUCACUUGAUACUGUACAUCGCUUGACUCCUCGACUCUUGAUCUGUGGAAUGUCUACUAUUUUAGGACUGUUCUUAAUAAUGACAGCAGCAGUACAUGGUUCUGCAGGGUCAGACAGCGACAAUAAAACACAUCAUGUAGCUCUGGGACGACCUGCGUUUAUACAGCUGAUAAAUGGAGCCGGUGGCUAUCAGCUAACGCUCAAAAAGGAUGGAAAUAAUAUUUUCAUUUUUAAAAAGGACAAAACUAUUUUUCACGAAAAAUGGGAAUCUCAGUUUAAUUUUUAUACGAACGGCACCUUGAUGAUCAUCAAGGCAGAAAGAAGCCUUUCUGGCAUUUAUACUUUGGAAAUAUUUGACUCAGACGGAAAGGCUUUACCAAGUGAAAGAUUCCUCUUGACCAUUGAAGAGCCUGUGACCCCCCCAGCUCUGUCUUCAGUCUGCCUGCCCCACGGAGAGCUGAGGGUGUCCUGCUCCUCAGCGGGGGAUAAUCCCCAGUACUCCUGGCUUCUGGAUGGUUUGUUCCUGAAUAACUCCAGGCCCGUUUAUGACGAUGGGAAAGGGGCCAUCAUUCUGGGAAAGAACACGUCCGGAAGCCUCACCUGUACAGCCAAGAAUAACGUCAGCGAGGAAAAGGCCGCAGUGACGCUCCCCAACUGCGCAGGACUUGGACCAGUUGUAAACUGCACCUUGACUAAUGGUACAGAGAUCGCAGUACGAAUGAAUGCUACAGUGAACCCUUCUCUGUUAUAUAAUAUGAAAAUAUUCUUCACUGUCGAUGGGAGAGAGACACUGGCUGCUGUUUGUAAUGCGAGUAGCCAGCAAACGGGGGAAAAAAAUGAUAAUCAUUCAGUUGAUAUGAUGCCGAUGCUUUUUGUCGCACUGGGAACAGUGGUCCUACUCCUCAUAUUGACAGUGGGGCUUUACAGCUACUGCAGGAAGAGACCCCAUGUGCAGGCAGAAGAGAUCAAACCUGACACUGAAGAAAUGACGUACGCCCAGGUCACAUUCAACAGGAAAAAGAGCAGGAGAGAGAAGAGGGCUGAACCGGAGGUGGUGUACGGGGAGGUCAGGGUAUAGCCUGAGCGGCACCUUUGGCACAAGAAGGGCGUUAUGUAUGAAAAAGUGUUUUAAUAUGCAAAGUGUAGUAUUAGGGAUACAGUCUCCAAGAACAAAAUAUGUGCCAUGUGAGGAAAUGGAAUAAAUUUUGUUUUUAUUUCCCAGUUUUUAUUUAUAAAAACAAUUUUCAUUCAAUUUUUCCUCAGAAGGUUUUGCAGUUUUUAUACCAAUUACAGUACAUGGUUUUCUGUGGUUUUUGCAUCACAGAUUACUUAUCAGGUUAAUAAAACAACCAUACAUUAUUAACUGCUCUCCUUCUUAAUUUUCGCCCCGUUUUUCUGAAAUGGCCAGUUAAUCCCAGUUCAGGUCUCCCCCCCACCAUAGUAAAAUGCCCCCACCGACCUGAGCAGGCCGACGGCCACAGCAUGCCAACCCUGUAAUAUGUCCUGUCAGCCACAUGUCCUGCUCUCCCAGCUAAAGGUACAAUGACCCACGUAGCAGACUUGGUGGAAAGCGCUACAGGCUGGGCUCACUGCCCUGUGGCUGCCCGGCUGACAGCAGACGCGUCUGUAGACCGGUGAGGGGCAGAGUAACACAGCCGGCGAGCCGCCCAGUGCCAGUGCUCUAAGGGCUCCUACUGUCCGCUGAUGUGGCCUGGGGGAGAUCAAACUGGGAUCCCGGCUGUAGGAGGCCCCCUGCCCAGUUCCGGGUUCUGUGCUGCUCCCCCUGACGGUGCCGGUCAGAGUCUCUGUGGUACCAGUACCCUGAUUUUUACUUUUUCUUUGUUGCCACCUUUGGGUUAAAAUGCCUUCUGUUAUUUUUUAAAUCAAAGCUACCUAACAGUUAA